AUGGACAUUUUGUAUACGGCUAUCUGGAAGUUGACUCUGAUUCACCUCAUACUGGCAUUGUACUUCCAUGACAACAGAUGCAAACUGGAAAUGUCAGAGAUGAAGGGGACAACACGAAUGGGAGAUAUCAUGGUUGGCUUCAUUAUACCGCUGUAUCUGGACAAGGUCUACGAACAAGUCUCCUUUACAGAGAGGCCACCAAAAACCACCUGUGCUCUGUUUCACUUUGAAAAUUAUCAGCAGCUCCAAGCUCUAAUAUUUGCCGUGAAUGAGAUCAAUGAGAAUCCCAAUCUUCUUUCAAAUGUUACCUUGGGGUUCCAGGCCUAUGACUCCUGCAGUGAUCUCCAUCUGGCUUUAAAGGGUAGUCUACAGGUAAGCCAUUUUUCAACAAGUCCUCUUCUGAGUGACCGGACCAAGUUUCCAUCCUUUUUCAGGACUGUGCCCAGUGACAUGUUCCAGUCUAAAGGUUUGUCGGAGCUGGUGCUCCACUUUGGUUGGACAUGGGUCGGUUUGUUGGCUUUGGAUAAUGACUAUGGACAGCAGGGAAUUCAACUGGUGAGAAAGGAAAUUGUCCAGGCAGGAGCAUGUGUGGCCUUCAUGAAAAGCAUUCAAACAGAUAGACCAGAUCGUAACGCUCCGGGCAUAGUUGCGGACAUGAAAAAAUCCACUGCCAAAGUUAUUGUUGCAUUUUCAGAUGCUAUUAACUUACUUCCCAUUCUGGAUGAAAUGCUAAUACAGAAUGUCACUGACAAAAUCUUUGUAGCCAGCGAAGCAUGGUCCACCUCCAGCCUUUUCUCCCCGCAUCCAUAUUCAAACCUACUUUCUGGGACUGUUGGGAUAGCCCUUUACAGUGGAACCAUGCCUGGAUUUAAGGAAUUUCUCAACAAGAACCGCCCCUCCACGGAUCUGAGAGACUAUUGGGUAAAGGAUUUUUGGGAGAAAGUAUUUGACUGCAAAUUCAUGGAUCAGAAGAACGUGACAGAUUCUUUGGUCACCCUGACAAAUAAAUGUUCAGGAAAUGAAAAUCUGGAGGAUAUUCACAAUAGUUACAAUGAUGUCUCCAGCCUACGAGUAACCUACAAUGUCUAUACUGCCAUCCAUGUUAUUGUCAGAGCCUUGGAGGAUCUCAGAGGCUGCAGUGCAGCAACAGGACCGUUCUCUCAUAGCAUAUGUGAAGAUGCUAGGAAGUUCAAACCAUGGCAGAUUCUGCACUAUAUGAAGACAGUGACGGUGAAGCUGAGUACCGGGAGAGAGCUUUACUUUGACCACAAUGGAGACCCACCAGCAGUCUAUGACAUUGUGAAUUGGCAGCUGAGCCCAGAGGGCACCAUAAGCCACAUGAAGAUUGGCAGUUAUGAUUCCACCAGAAAAGAGCCAUUUACCAUUGAUUCAAAAUCCACGAUUCUGCACUAUAUGAAGACAGUGACGGUGAAGCUGAGUACCGGGAGAGAGCUUUACUUUGACCACAAUGGAGACCCACCAGCAGUCUAUGACAUUGUGAAUUGGCAGCUGAGCCCAGAGGGCACCAUAAGCCACAUGAAGAUUGGCAGUUAUGAUUCCACCAGAAAAGAGCCAUUUACCAUUGAUUCAAAAUCCACGAGAUGCAAGCUGGAGAUGUCGAAACUCAAGGGGGCGACGCGAAUGGGAGAUAUCGCGAUUGGGCUCAUCAUACCACUCUAUCUGUAUAAAGCCAAUGAACAAUUAUCCUUCACUGAGAUACCACCCAAAACCAUCUGUAGCAUGUUCCACUUUGAGGGCUAUCAGCAGCUUCAGGCUUUCAGAUAUGCUGUAAAUGAGAUCAAUUCAAACUCCAAUAUCCUUUCAAAUAUUACCAUAGGAUUUCAGGUCUAUACCUCCUGCAAUGAUCUUCAUUUGGAUUUGAAGGCCAGUCUACAGUUGUUGACUGGAGAAGGUCCAGCCAUCCCUAAUUAUUUCUGUGGUAAUGACGUUCCUCUUAUCUCUGUUAUUGGUGCAUCCAUUUCUACAAAUUCAAUGGCCAUGGCUAAUCUUUUAGGUCUCUAUAAAUACCCACAGGUUAGCCAUUUUUCAACUAGUCCUCUUCUCAGUGAUCGGAUCCAGUUUCCUUCCUUCUUCAGGACGGUGCCCAGUGACACAUUUCAAUCUAAGGGUCUGUCUGCGCUGGUUCUUCACUUUGGUUGGACAUGGAUCGGUUUGUUGGCUUUGGAUGAUGACUAUGGGCAGCAGGGAAUUCUGAUGGUCAAGAAAGAAAUUGUCAAAGCGGGAGCAUGUGUGGCUUUUAUAGGGAACAUUUUAAGGAACAGCCCAGAUCGUAAUGCUCCAAACUUAGUCAAAGUCAUAAAGAAGUCCACGGCUGAUGUUAUCAUUGCAUUUUCUGAUGACUUCUAUCUACUUCCAGUUCUGGAUGAAAUGCUUGUACAGAAUGUUACUAAUAAGGUUCUUGUUGCCAGUGAAGCAUGGGCCACCUCCAGCCUUCUCUCAGCACAUCCGUAUUCCAGACUACUUUCUGGCACAGUUGCAAUAGCUCUGUACAGUGGGACUAUUCCUGGAUUCAAGGAGUUUCUCAACAACAACCAUCCUUCUAUGGAUCCCUUUGACUAUUGGGUGCAGGGAUCUUUGGAGAAUGAAUUGAACUAUAAUUUCACAGAUCAGAAAAAAACAACAAAUUAUUUGUCUGACUCAGGGGAGAAAUGUACAGGAACUGAAAAUCUAAAAAAUACUGAGAAUAGUUACUAUGAUGUCUCCAGUUUGCGAGUGACCUACAGUGUCUAUACUGCAGUUCACGUUAUUGCCAGAGCCUUGGAAGAUUGGAAAAACUUCAAUGCAGUAACUGGAACUUUCUUAGAUUUUAGGCAUUUCAGACCAUGGCAGCUCCUGUACUACAUGCAGAAAGUAAAAGUGAGACUGAGUAAUGGGAGAGAACUUUACUUUGAUGAGAAUGGAGACCCGCCAGCAGUCUAUGACCUUGUGAACUGGCAGAUGACCCCAGAGGGUACUAUACGGCACGUAAAGAUUGGCAGCUAUGAUGUCUCCAAUGCUCAGCCUUUCACCAUUGAUUCAAAUGCCACAUUGUGGGCAUCUGGCAAUAAACAGUCCCCUCGCUCGGCCUGCAGUGUGAGCUGUCCACCAGGAUUCCGGAAGGUCGCUAUACAUGGACAGCCAGCCUGCUGCUUUGAAUGCGUGCCUUGUUCACAAGGAGAGAUCUCCAACCAGACUGAUUCUCUUGAUUGCUCAAAUUGUCCUUGGGACCAGUGGCCAAAUUCAGAAAAGUCAACAUGCCUUUUGAAGACCAUAGAGUAUCUUUCAUACGAUGAUCCAAUGGGAGCUGCAUUGACUUUGAUUGGUACCCUGUCUUUCUCAGUACCAGUUGGAAUGCUAAUGCUUUUCCACUCCUACAAAGCCACCCCUGUUGUCAAGGCCAACAACUACUUUCUGAGUUGUCUUCUACUGGUGGCUCUGUCACUCUGUUUUCUCAGCUCUUUGGCCUUCAUUGGGUAUCCAAGAAAUGAAAUUUGUUUCAUGAGACAAGCUACUUUCGGCAUGGCUUUCACCUUCUGUAUUUCCUGUAUUUUGGCAAAAACUAUUACAGUUAUUUUUGCCUUUGCAGCAACCAAACCGAAUAGCAGACUGAGUAGGUGGACCAAGCUCCAAGUGACCUACAUCAUAGUCGCUAUCUGCUCAUUCUUACAGUUCAUCCUGUGUGUCUCUUGGUUGACUCUUCGCCCACCAUAUUCUCAAAUCAACCUUCAAGAAAAGCCUGGAGUAAUUAUUGUUGAAUGCAAUGAAAACUCCCCCUCUGCCUUUUGGACGAUGUUGGGUUACCUUUUCCUUUUGGCCACAAAGAGUUUUGUUGUUGCCUUUUUGGCCAGGAGGCUCCCAGAUACCUUCAAUGAAGCCAAACUGAUUACCUUCAGCAUGUUGGCCUUUCUAAGCAUCUGGGUCUCCUUCAUUCCAGCCUAUCUUAGCUCAACGGGAAAGAACACUGUUGCUUUGGAGAGCUUUGCAAUCCAGUCAUCAACCUGGGUACUAAUCGCCUGUCUUUUCUUUCCAAAAUGUUUCAUCAUAUUGUGGAGACCAGCCAUGAACUCCAGAGAGCAUGUCGUUACCCGAGGAAGAAAAUGA